GCGGCGCUGGGGGCCGGGAGCCGGCAGUCUCGGGCUGGCGCGCUCCCCCGGCGAUCGCGCAGAUGGCGCUGGCGGCCCUGGCCAAGAAAGUGUGGAGCGCGCGGCGGCUGCUGGUGCUGCUGGUGACGCCGCUCGCGCUGCUGCCGGUGGUCUUCGCCCUCCCGUCCAAGGAAGGCCGCUGCCUGUUUGUCAUCCUGCUCAUGGCGGUGUACUGGUGCACGGAGGCCCUGCCCCUCUCGGUGACGGCCCUGCUGCCCAUCAUCCUCUUCCCCUUUUUGGGCAUCCUGCCAUCCAGCAAAGUCUGCCCCCAGUACUUCCUGGACACCAACUUCCUCUUCCUCAGUGGUCUGAUCAUGGCCAGCGCCAUAGAGGAAUGGAACCUACACCGGAGAAUCGCCCUCAAGGUCCUGAUGCUCGUUGGGGUCCAGCCGGCCUGGCUCAUCCUGGGGAUGAUGGUGACCACCUCCUUCCUGUCCAUGUGGCUGAGCAACACCGCCUCCACGGCCAUGAUGCUGCCCAUCGCCAGCGCCAUCCUGAAGAGCCUCUUUGGCCAGAAGGAGGCUCGGAAGGACCUCAGCUCGGAGACUGAAGAGAACGCAGCUGCAGCACAGACAAAUGGCCUGCACACCGUGCCCACGGAGAUGCAAUUUCUUGCCAGCCCCGAAGACAAAGACUGCCCUGAGGAGGUGGAGGCUCCAUUCUCCAAGAAGGAAGAGGAAUAUCGCCGAAACAUCUGGAAGGGCUUCCUCAUCUCCAUCCCCUACUCAGCCAGCAUCGGGGGCACUGCCACCCUCACAGGCACGCCCCCCAACCUCAUCCUGCUCGGCCAGCUCAAGAGGGGGUGGAGGAAGAAGAAAUCUGACAUCAGAGCUGAUGCAGAAGAGAGGGCUCGAGCGGUGAUUCGGGAGGAAUUCCAGAACCUGGGACCCAUCAAGUUCCUUUCUGAUGCUGUCACCGGUGUAGCCAUUGUCACCAUCUUGUUCUUCUUCCCGUCCCAAAGGCCCUCUCUCAAGUGGUGGUUUGACUUUAAAGCUCCAAACACAGAGACAAAACCCCUGCUGACAUGGAAGAAAGCCCAGGACACGGUGCCCUGGAACAUUAUCCUUCUCCUGGGAGGGGGCUUCGCCAUGGCCAAGGGCUGUGAGAUAAAUCAGCGCACCCCGUUGUCCCUGAUGACCCUGCAGUGUGGCUCUGGAAUGUCACUAACCCUGAGAAUGUUCUCUCCAUGUCUCCCUUGGUCUGGUUCCAUCUGUCUCUCUGUCUGUCUGUCUAUUUCUGCGUAUCGCAUCCCUCUCUUCCGUGUAUUUGUAUUUCGGGCUGCAUUUUUCUUCCUGUGUCUCCUAACCUGUCCUCUCGUGUGUGUCUAUUGCCCGUUCUCACUCGGCAACCUCUAUCCAUGUGUCUUUGCCUCUCUUGCUGUCUCUACCUCUGUCUUCCAUGCUGCUCUCCUCCCAACUGUCUCCAUCUCUUGCUGUGGUGUCUCGAUAAUUCUCUAUGUCUCAUCUGCCCCGUCCUGGGCCCAGGCCAUCCGCCUGAGAGUGCACCCCCUGUAUCUGAUGAUUCCCGGCACAGUGGGCUGCUCCUACGCCUUCAUGCUCCCAGUCUCUACGCCCCCCAACUCAAUUGCCUUCGCCUCUGGACACUUGCUGGUCAAAGACAUGGUGCGGGCGGGCUUCCUGAUGAACCUGAUGGGCGUCCUUCUGCUCAACUUGGCCAUCAAUACUUGGGCACAGGCCAUCUUCCAGCUGGGCACUUUCCCAGACUGGGCCCUCAACCACUCAGGCAGCGUCACGACACUGUCGCCCACUUUGGCCAACAACACAUUUCGGACCCUCUGAGUGCUCUUUGGAGACUGUCUUCGGGCUGGACUCUCUCUGAAGGCUUUUGCCGUCACCUGCUGCUAGGAUCCUACAGGAUGGGCGAGCACUUCUUCUCUGCAAUCAGCGUGCAGCAAACAAGGGUGACCUCUAGUGGUCCAUUGGGGUCAACAGGUGCAUCAUCUAGGACAUCUCCUCUCUCAUGCCGUCAGGGCCCAGAUAUUUCCCAGAUCUGCUGCCUGAGAAAGCAGCUUUUUUAUCUCUGAGCUGGCAUAUGGUUAGGAUGCAAGAGAGAGCCUGAUUUUAGCAACAAUAAGCAAAUCUAGAACGGCAUCUGUCUUGAACCAUUGGGAUGGGAAGCCAUCCAUCCCCGUGGGCACAACUAACAUUCCCCGCUGACUGCUUUAGGUUACACUCUGGAGAGACCAUCUUGCCUCUAGGAGAGAGGCUGCAGUGUUCCAGUCCCGUUACUUCCAGCUGUUCACAGCGAGGGCGUGUUCCGCUUGGUUGGUGCCCAUUCUACGUCAGUUGUUUGAAGAUUACCCCCACUGAUACCCAGCAGCCAGACUUACUUUCAAUCCCUGGAGACACGGAGGGACAGAUGACUCCCUGAGGACAUGGAGACUGGGCAAAGCUUCCUUGCUGCUUCUCUGGGCUCCCAAGCACAUCAAGGGAGUUCUAGAAACCCCCACUGACAUCUCUACCCAUGCUUUUUAGGGUUUUCCUGUUUAAUCGGAUUCAGUUUGGCCAUAAUUCUGCAGUCAUGCCCAGCCUGGGCCCUGUCCUCUCGCAGGUGUCCCAUGGCCCCUCCAGCCAGGACCCUCCCUCCCGCAUGUGGCCCACAGGGGACUUUGUGGCUGCCAGCUACUUCUUGUUUUAGUAGCUGGUCUUUACCCACCCCAUCCCCCUGCAACUCCACCCUAAGUGGUAAGCGUGUUUGAUUAGCAAAGUCCCCAUUUUUUUAGGGGCGAGACAAAAAUCAAAAGAUAACCUGUGAAAGGCUGGAGUGAAAUGUCCCAGGCAGGCAAUGUGUGCUAAUCCUUUUCUACAGAUGGGGAGAAGAGGCUUCCCCUGAGCCACUGGCUGGUGGCGGCGUCUCCCGGGGGGGGUUAAUCGCUCCUGGUUUCAUCUGGGCACCCACAGUGUUGGCCCCAGUGGGUGCUCAGGAAGUGUCUGUGGAAGGAGUGGCACAGUGGUAGCAUGGCACCAGAAAAGGUGUCACCCGAGGGGCCCGGAAGCCUCGCAUCUGCCCGUCCUGCGCCUCUGAGGGAUGUGUUUCCCCGGCAGCAUGCGUUGGGAAGGCGGUCCCUAGAGGCUGAACUCGUCCUCAGGACAGCACGGAUGAGUCAUGGAUGUUUCCCUGGAAGCAGGGGGGAGGAGGGAGGAGCUGGAGGAUGAGCCCCACCUCCUUCCCAUGAGUAGCACCUCAGCAGUUAGUCACGAUUACAGCCCGUGGGGGUGGCAGGAAGCACACUCCUGUGGGAUGGGGAGGAGAGAAGUUCAUUCACAGAGAAAUCCAUGGGACUUGUCACCAGAUGAAUCAUGAUUUCACAUACUUCUGAUUGAAAAUGCUAUACAAUAAAGAAUGGUAAUCAACACUG